CGAAUGCAGAAUAUCGGUGCCUCCGACAAGAUCUUGGUCAGCUAUUGAUAAUCAUUUGAUCAGCAUUCAUCAGCUCACUGUUAAUUGAUAAGCUGUUAUGCUAUCUAGAGCUGGAUGUGCUAAGGGUGUUGGAAGUACGAUUCGUGGCCAUUCAGUCAAUAUGCAUCCUUCUCCCCGCUACCAUCUACUUACCCAUUUAUCGACAAUCAAGCUAUCCCGAGUGACUUACUACUGUUCCAAUCGAUGGACGAGACCAAAAAGGAAGGAGCUUCGAUUGCUGAAUCUCAUGAAGGCACAACUACACGGCUGAUAUACCCCUACAACUGGGGAUAUAUUAUCGAACUGGUAUACAAUUCUAAAUCUAUCGGAUUACUAGUCUAGGACUUGAGGAACAUCUGAUCAAACCGGACUUCC